UCCAUCCCUCGCCAGACCCCACCGACACAGGCACAACAGGGCCGUCCCCACUCAACACCUCAGCAGCACCUCCGCCUGCCAACCGCUGGACCAAUCGCGCCGCCAGGAUCCUCGUGCCGCACAAGGCAGCACCAAGUAAGCUUCAGAAGCAGGAGCGCCUUCAGAAGCAGCACCUGCAAGUGUCGCCUUGUUUUGGGCUUCUCCCUUGCACCUGCCGGCACGGAUUGAUUGAUUGCACCCAGCCGAGCUGGCCCAGCUGACCGGGCACUUCUGACUUCUGCCGCCUUCUAUUUACCCCGUGUUGAGGAAAAAGGUACAAUCGUCAAUCAUCCCAUUCAUUGUCCACCAAUUACCUCCGUCUCCAUCUCAAUCCGCCGUCGCCAUCAUCAGUCAAGGACCGACCCGCAUCCGAAGCUCAGCUCAGCUCAGCUUACCUACCACCUACCGUCGGGACGUCUCUACGGAGCCAAUCACCUCGACCUGCUCGGCUCUCCAGCCUGCCCUACCCGCACUCGACCUACCCCGUACCCGCGCCCUCGACAGCGACAAGGACGACGACGACGGCCUCUACCACUCCUCCCCAGCUCCGCAGCCUGCCUCCCGCCGCCUUUGGUCCGUCAAUGCAAACACACCUCCGCAUGGUCACAACCGUCCGCACCCGCAUAGCCCGUCCUCGCUCCAGGUGCCACGAUGAAGAGCACGCCAUUGAUCAUCAACUGGCAUGACCAGACCGCCCCCAUAUACUCUGCCCAUUUCGAGCCCACCGGCAAGGGCCGCCUGGCCACCUCGGGAGGUGACAACAAUGUCAGGAUAUGGAAAGUAGAGGCGGACGACGAGAACCGCAAGGUCGAAUAUCUCUCCACCCUCGCCAAACACACACAGGCAGUCAACGUCGUCCGCUGGGCUCCCAAAGGCGAGCUCCUGGCCUCGGCCGGCGACGACGGGAACAUCAUCCUCUGGGUUCCCGCCGAGAACCAUCUGCCCUCCAACUUUGGCUCCGAGGGCCUCGAGGACAAGGAAACAUGGCGCGCCAAGCACAUGUGCCGCUCGUCCGGCGCCGAGAUCUACGACCUGGCAUGGUCGCCCGAUAGCUCUCACUUCAUCGUCGGGAGCAUGGACAAUAUCGCUAGGAUCUACAGUGCUGCUACUGGUGGCCUUGUCCGCCAAAUCGCCGAACAUAGUCACUACGUCCAGGGUGUGACGUGGGAUCCUCUCAAUGAGUUCAUCGCGACCCAGUCGUCAGAUCGCUCCGUCCAUAUCUACUCUCUCAAGACCAAGGACGGCCAGUAUACGCUGAGUAGCCACGACGACAAGCCUCCCAAGGUGGCCAGCCACAUGAAGACAGACCUCCCUCCCCGCAGAAUAUCAUCCAACAGCCCAGCGCCGCCCGAGUUUGGCCACCGAGCUCAGCUUGCCGCGCUCAACGACUUUGCUACCCCCGCCGCCAUCGGUUCGCCUGCGCCGUCGGCACCGGGCACACCCACAUCCAUGGCUCUGCCCAUGAACCCACCGAGCGUUGUCAGCCAUAGCCGCAGGUCGUCUUUCUCUUCGAGGAGAUCCGUAUCUCCGGCGCCUUCCAUGCCCCUCCCGGCUGUGAUGCCCAUGGAACCCUCCCCCAAGCCGCACCCGCCCAGCACCAGCCUGGGCAUGAGGAACGCCAGUCUCUACCACAACGAGACGCUAACAUCCUUCUUCAGGAGGCUUACUUUCACUCCCGAUGGCAGCCUCCUGCUGACGCCCGCGGGUCAGUAUCAGACCCAAUACCAGGUUGAGGGUUCCAAGCCAUCGUACGAGGUUAUCAACACGGUCUACAUCUACUCGCGCGGAGGGAUAAACCGACCACCCAUCGCCCACCUGCCCGGCCACAAAAAGCCAUCAGUGGCUGUCAGGUGCUCUCCCGUAUUUUACACGCUGAGACAGUCUCCUCCAGUCACAAAACACAUCACGAUCGACACUUCGUCGGCCGAGGAGCCGAUCCCGUCGCUCCCAGAGCCCAUCUCCAAACCAUCACCAGCACCUUCCUCUGUUAUGGAACCACCUCCCCCACCCGUGGUGAGCGAGCCGUCAAACACUACGCCAUCCAAGUCGCACAAUAUGGAGACGGCCCCGACAGCCACUGCCACCCCGGCGGCGGCACCUGGCCCCAAGUCCACUUUUGCUCUACCCUACAGGAUGAUCUAUGCCGUCGCCACCCAGGACUCGGUUCUGCUGUACGACACGCAGCAGCAGACUCCCCUCUGUAUUGUCAGCAACCUGCAUUGCGCGACAUUCACCGACUUGGCCUGGUCGAGAGACGGGCUCACCCUCCUCAUCUCGUCGUCUGACGGCUUCUGUUCUACACUAUCAUUCUCACCCAACGAACUGGGCCAUGUUUACACUGGUGAUGUUUCGCUCAGGCAGGGGGCACCGGCUCCAUCGAGCCAGACGACGCCGACAUCGGUGUUUGCGCCGCCCUCGCCUUUCCCCAACAGCGGCUCGCAGCCGUCUCACCACCACAGGAACUCGUCAAGCUCAUUUGCGGCUCCAUCGCCACCGGCAGUGACGACGGCAUCGUUUGUUUCAACGACGGGCAUACCCAUGGUUGUGCGACCAUCUUCGCCAGCCAGGUCCAACUCGACGUCAUCGGUGGUGACGCAGGCUUCCUCGAGUGUCAUGAACAAUCCAACCCUCAUCGGAGGGAGCGUGCCGAGCAUCGCGGCGACAAAUUCGGGCAAAGUCACAGGAGUUCCGAUGACGACGCCUCCCGAGACUCCGGCAAGCACCGCCGUCGGCAGCAAUACCGCCUCCGGAAGCAGCGGUAUGAAGCGGGACAUGAGCGAGAGCGACAAGGAAGGCAGCAGCAGCAAGGAGCCCAAGAAGAGAAGGAUAGCUCCAACCCCGAUCAGCGGAGAUGCCAACGGGCAGCCAUGAGCGACCUAGGGCAGUUGCUAAUUUCACAUUGUACGGCCUUGAGACGAAUAUCAAAGAUGAAUGGGAAUUCGUGGCGUUUUGUUUGGUGCAGUGGCGUUGCUGUUGCCUUGCUAGCGGUCGAGAGCGAUGGCGUACUGUCGACCUGGUGGCUCUCUUGGAGGCAGGUAUUUUCGCCUCUUUUUUUUUCACUAUUUUGCUUGCUUGUUGGUCAUCAGGGCACAGGGUCCGAAUCAUGACAAAUCAAUCUUGUUUUUUUUUAUUCUUGUCUUCAUCUCGUGUCCCUUACCUUUACGGUUCGUUUCGGGUUUUCGAUGGGUGAGAGACAGAUUUAUCCGACUGGCUUGAUUGCGACUUUGAGGCUUCUUUAGCACAAUCUGAACUAAGUGGACACUCAUAUGUAUUUGUUGUCUCUACGGCUGUUGCGGUCCCACUCGCCUAGAAAGAUACGAACAGCUCAAGAUAAAAGAAUAGCAAAAUAACCAAGGCAGAGAAUUCCCCAAGGGCUGCCUGGCACCCA